AAUUUAAUUUCUUGUAUUUCUUUGAGUAAGUUACGUUGACUGGGUUCAAGUGCAAUUCGAAAUUUUUAUUCGCCAUCAUUAUUGUUGUUACUUUCGGAUGUUAACACAACGUUUUCAUCUAAUUGGAAGUUGUGUAUACUAUUAUUCUUUUAAGGAUGUUUUAUUGUUUUUAGUAGUUUUAUAGCAUAUCUAUGAGUUGCUUUUGUUCUUUUGCAAUAAAAUAAAUUAAAACUAGUGACCCCGCAAGUUUUUACAUUGAUUUCGUAUCGUAAUAAAUUGUUCUGAAAAAUCCUAUAAUUAGGGUUGUUGGGUAUGGCAACGUUGUAACGCGAGACUAGUACGAGACUGACAAUUCUGGAAGUUCGUGAACCGAAUGGACGCGUCGACUACCAUCGGGGGACCUUCGGCGUAUGUAUAAAAGGAAUUCAGGACAAAACGCCGGCGUUACUUUUUCGAAAACUGUUGUUUGAUACCGGCGAGUGUUAAGAUGGCUCUUUCGUUGCCUCAUUUUUUCGGUCAUCAUCAUCAUCAUAACCGUCCGUCCCGAUUAUUGGAUCAGCACUUCGGUCUGGGACUUCACCCCGACGAUUUUCUGCAACCGGUAACGUCGAACCACCGUAUUUUGUCCAGAACUCCCGCGGGAUACCUGCGUGACUGGCGUCCGAACGCUUCCAGUCAAGACAUCGGUUCUACUCUUUCCAUCGGCAAAGAUGAAUUUCGAGCCACCCUCGACGUACAACAAUUCAAGCCGGAGGAGAUCACUGUGAAGUUAAACGCUGACAACGUCCUAACCAUCGAAGGCAAGCACGAAGAGAAAGAAGACGAACACGGUUUCAUUUACAGGCACUUUGUGAGGAGAUACGUGCUGCCGAAGACUUGUCAUAUGGACAGGGUCGAGUCCAAGUUGUCAUCUGAUGGGGUGCUCACCAUUACAGCUCCGUUCAUGGGCGCCAUAGAUUCAGGGCACAAGCAUAUCCCGAUCACGCAUACCGGGGAGCCGGCGAGGUUGACCGAGCCCAAGAAGUAAUUUUGUGGGAGUUUUGCUGCAUCGUCAGUGUUUUUACAGCAUUUACAUUAUAUAACAUGUCGAAAUAUCAUUGUAUUCAUCUUUAUUUAAAUAAAGACCAUUGCA